AUGCAACUCCGUAAAAUUUUCUAAUUACUGUAUAAAAUUAUAAUAAUAAUACUAUCCAAUCAGAAUUAACCAACUACUACUAAUUAACUUUUUUUUUUUGGUUUCGCUAGUACAUUAUUUCGUUCCUUUGUUCAGCUCAUCACUAGAAUGAAACUUUCAUUACUAACAUUAAGUGCUGCAAUCUUUCCUUUUUUACUUGUCUCGGCCUCCAAUAUUCCUGAAAUUGAUGAUGGUUAUGAAUAUGUGACAUGUGGAAGCAUUAUCAAACUUACGAAUAAAGCUAGCGAAUAUAAAUUACAUUCACAUGGAGUUAGCUAUGGAAGUGGAUCAGGGCAACAAUCAGUUACAGGAUUCCCUGAAGCUGAUGACAGUAAUAGUUUUUGGAUUGUAGAAGCCGCUUAUGGAAAAGUAUGUAAACGGGGUGAAGCUGUACCUUGUGGAUCUUCAAUUCGUUUAAAGCAUGUUAAUACGCAAGGAUAUCUUCAUAGUCACCGUCACCAAUCACCACUUUCUCGUGAACAAGAAGUCAGUUGUUAUGAUGGUAAGGAUAAAGGUGAUAACUGGCAAUUAAAAUGUAAAAAUGAAUUUUGGAUACGUGAGGAACCUGUUCAAUUUGUACAUGAAGAUACACAUUUGUUUUUGAGCAGUUCACCUAAUCACAAGUUUGGACAACCUAUUCCUGGACAACUUGAAGUAUCUGCAUCAACAAAGGGUUCAUCAAAGAGUACACAAUGGACAGCACAGGAAGGAAUUUAUUUUGCUGCCAAUAGAUCAAAAUAAUAAAUAAUAAGAUUAUUUCAUAUUUAAAUAAGUCCUAUAUCUAUUGUAUUCUUACCUAUCAGCAGUUUAAUGUGCUCAAGAAGGCUAAGCAGUAUUCAUAAUGGCAUAAUAAGUUUAUUUCUCUUUAUUAUUUU